AUGCCUCUCCCGUCGGUCGCUUCCUUCGCCCGACCACUAACAGGGCGCACCGUCAUCCUCACGGGGGGCAACGUCGGUCUCGGCUUCGAAACAGAGAAGCAUCUCGCAGCUCUCGGCCCUGCGCGGCUUAUUAUCGCUUGCCGUUCAGCUGCCAAAGGUGCGCAAGCGGUAAAGGAGAUCGAACAAGCUGGAAAGGGCAAGGUCGGGAAGGUCGAGUGCUGGGAGGUUGAUCAGGCUUCGUUUGCGAGCGUGAAGGCUUUCUGCGAUCGGUUUGAGCGGGAAGGAGGCGGGAAGCUCGAUUUGCUUGUCCUCAAUGCCGGUGCUGCGUUGCGCGAGCGGCAGGAGACGGGAGACGGGUGGGAGCUCAUGCUUCAAGUGAACCACCUGUCGACCUGCUUGCUCGCGAUUCGCUUGCUCCCGUUCCUGUCCAAGGCAGAAGCAGACCCGCCAACGCCGAGGGUCGUGAUCCUCAACUCGGGCCUGCAUCUCUGGGUCCCAGACGUGCCAGAAGCUGAUGCGGCUACACCGAGCAUGUUACGACUGUUGAGCAGCAAGGAGAAUUGUGCAGAGGAAGGGCAGAUGGGAAAUCGGUAUCGGCUCACGAAACUCUUCAACGUACUCUUCACAUUCACCUUAUCUGAGCGACUGCCUCGAACGUCCGCUUUGAGCGUGAAUACCCUCGAUCCUGGAUUCUGCCAUUCCCAGCUUGCCCGAAACGUCCCUCGCACUUGGAGCUAUUGGGUGUUCAAACAGGUGCUCCCGCGAACGACGGAGAUGGGUUCGCGCACGCUUGUGUACACCGCCGUGAGCAAGGACUUGGAUGGGAGAAGCGGGGAGUACUCUGAGAGUUGCUUCAUCAGUAAGUCCAGCGUGUUGUCAAGGAGCGAGCGGGGAAAGACGAUUAGAGACAAGCUCUGGGUGAGUGCGACUGAAGAUCGCGCCGUGUAA